AUGGACAAUAUAUAUAAGUUUAAGGCAAGUAGUUCAGUUGGUCAUUUAAAAAGUCUUAACAAUGACAAACAAUUCUAUUCUGAAGAGGAAAGUAGCAAGAAAGAGGAAGAGGAAAAACAAUUGAAGAAGUAAAGCAAGCCUCCUAGUAAGAUGUCUCAAUUCAGUAAGAAUGCAACUGGAUAUUAAACAGAUGACUCUGACAAAGAGACUCCAAAGAAUAAUAAGAUAGGACCUUCAAGUAUAGAUAAAUUGAAUUAUUUUAGGUCAGAAAGUGUCAAAAUUUCGAAAUUUGGUAAAUGCUAAAAAAAUCGAGGGUGACAAUGAUGAUCCUAAUUUCGAUGACGAUGACGACAAGCCAACUACAAUCUAAUAAUAGAUUCAGCACGUUUAAUAGCAACACGAAGAUUAAUAUGACGUCGAACAAUAGGCUAGUAAAAUGCAACAGAAAUAUGCUAAGGGGGAUGUUGGAAAGUCUACAAAAAUGAAGUAAGAGAGAAGAUAAUAAUAGACACUCGAAUACAUAAUAGACUAUGGAGGCAAAUUCAGAUGUAGAGUAGAUGAAGAAUAAAUAGCAUUAGGAAGGGAAGUUGAAGAAUCAUCCAUUUAGACACCUUAUUUAUGGUCCAAGUAUAGGAGAAAAUUCAUUUAAUAAAUUCUUAUAACUAACUCAAAGAGGAUUAGUUUAUGCAAGGAAAUGCUUAAAAGGGCCUUCAGAGAAAUUUAUUAAAUCGAAAAUGGUUUAAUUAUAGGAAUGCCCAAUUGUAAAGGCGAAGACUUUGUUGUUAGAUUUGGAUGAAACUUUAAUUCAUAGUUGUUCUUUGAGAGAGAAUCCUUAAGUUACAGUAACAGCAUUUGGAGAUUAUGGAGAGGAAGCAAAGGUAUUUUAUUAAAUAUAUUUUAGAUUCAUUUCAACAUUAGGCCAUUUUGUACAUGGUUUUUACAAUAAAUGAAUUAGUUGUAUACAAUUUAUGUAUAUACAGCUUCGUCAUCUGCCUAUGCGAAUGCUAUAGUAAAUUAUUUGGAUCCAAAAAGACAAUGGAUCAUGGGGAUUAUGUCAAGAGGUAAUUGUAUGGAAACAAAGAAUGGGUUUUUUAUUAAAGAUCUUAGGAUUAUUGGGAAUAAAUAAUUAAAGGAUAUGGUGAUUGUGGAUAAUUUGGCUCAUUCUUUUGGAUUCCAAAUAGAGAAUGGAAUUCCGAUUUUGGAAUGGCACAAUGAUUAAAAUGAUCAAGAACUUAAAUACAUGGCAACUUACUUGAUGGAAGCAGCUGAACAAGAGGAUAUCAGAUAAUUCAAUACACAAAGGUUGAAGCUAGAUCAACUUAUUGAAUAUAAUUUAGAUUGA